UUGCAUACGGUAGAAGUCGCAAUGCCGAUCGUAUUCGACGACCUGCCAACGGAAAUCCAGCUCCAAAUCUUCGAGACCGCCGCGAAAUCGCAAUGGACGCCGCGAGUCGUCGAGAUCUACUUCAAAGGCGGACAAAUCUACUCGAAGACCCUACCCCCACCUCUUCUACACGUCAGCCGAACAUCGCGAGAAGUUGUGCUGAAAUUGUAUAAACCAUGGCUGCCGCAAUUCAAGGGAAUGGCGGUCAACGAGCCCUGGGAGAGAAAGUUGGGGAACAAGGCCGUAGAUAAAAUGUCGCGGUUGCAGAACGUAUGUGUCAGCUUGGAACAUGAUACCCUCUUGAUCAACGAUAAGCAGUGGUCGGACUGGAAAUUUGGAGCCAUUGAGAGGGCGUACUUGCGCAGAUUGGCGGUCAACCUUACAGGGUGGUUUGGCUGGUUCGGUCAGAGGGACCUGUACACGCAAUUUACGCACUUGAAGCAACUCGAUGUUUUCCAUCGCGGCGGGGACCAGGAGGUGCUAUUUUUGAAAAGGGAGACCAUUAGAAAGGCCCUAUCCGCCGAACAGAAGACCAACAAGAAUAAGAGGAAUAAGAGAAGAUAUAUUGCCCCCGUUCUUGGUCGCGAGAAGGUACCAACAGCCGCGGAGUGGCGAGGUAGCGUGGAGCAAUGGAUCACGUACAAGUAUCCGAAGGGGUUCAAACCUACCGUGCCCUCUCGUCGCCCAGGUUGUUCGUGGGAAGAAGAGGAUACUGGAGGAGUCCAAUCGAUGACCGGCGAACCACAAGCCGCUCGGCGCCGACGAGGGCGCCCACGUCGAGAAGAGGUAGCUGGGCAGAACGGAGCAAUGCCGGGUGGAACCAAGUCCUCUUCUCAGCGCAGUGUUCCUCAACAAGGAACCAAACGAAGCCGAGCAGAGUUCGAUGCAGACGGUUUACCCGAGACUAAGCGUCCUCGUGGAAGGCCCCGGAAGGUGGCUGCUACUCGAGAUGUGGGAGGCCAGCAAAUUCCAGGACGACAAAGCUCACAAGUAUCGGUGGAGGAUAUCUUUGCCAAGAUUCGAAGUUAUUUGGAAACAUUUCGAACCCCAACCCCAGAAGCAGAGCCUCUCAGGAAGGCAUCUGCUCCCCCAAGCCCGGAGACUACCUUCCAGAGCCCACUGGACAAAUAUGAAUUCCUUCGCGAACUGACGAAAGACGGUCCGGAACCUCUGGAGAUAUCUGAAGAAUUAGCUCCAUGUCCAUGUCCGACAUUCGUGGAUCCCCGCGUUGUAUUUCAAUGCGAGGGCUCGGUGGAAGGUCCAGAAAUCCAGGAGACAGCUCUACCUCCUUCACCUUUCAUUGACCCUCGUGCUGAAUUCCAAGAUCUGUUCGAUACCUCCAACGACAACGCAAAGGCACGGGACUCGGAAAAUCCGCAGAUUCCAGAAGAGGAUGACGUCCUCUCUUUAAGUGUCGAGAAGACCGGUCCUGCUUCCAAGGAAGUAGUCCUAGGAUCCUUGAGCGGAGGUUACGGCUUUGAAAAUGUUGUUGAACGUGGCGGCUGUUUUGGAGUUGGCAGUGAGCGAGACAAUGACAACCACAAUCACGGAACCGAGACUGUUUUUGAGAUGCCCGACCUUCUGGCCGCGGCACUAGAAUCCCCACUCCUGGACGUUCCUUCCCUCGACGACGAGGAGUACACUCCCAAGCAAUUCAUGGCAGAGCGAAGGACAUCUAAAGGUCUACAGUUCCUGGUCCAAUGGCGAGACUACCCGGAAGAAAAAGACUGGACCUGGGAGACGGAGGCCGCCAUGAUAGAGACCGCGCUUGAUAUGGUGACGGCUUGGCUAGCAAAGAGCGAUGUGGAAGUGGACGAAGAGAACCCGAUCGCCGUAGACUAUAUUGUUGAGAAGAUUUUGGGUCGGAGGAAGUUCAGGGGGGUUGCGCAUUAUUUGGUCAAGUGGAAGGGAUUCGAGGAGGUGAAGGAUAGAACUUGGGAACCGUGCGAGAGGUUGAGCAUCGACGUGCCGCUGCUUGUGGAAGCGUUUGAGAAGAAGAGGAAGAAAUGAUGACAACAUUGCAAUGUCUAAACCAUCUUGGCUUUUGCAUACCUUCUAUUCAUUCGACAAUUCUGACAUGGCGCAUGGCGGCACUCGUUUCUCACAACCCCAACCUUGCCCUUCCUUCUCCCGGGUCCUGAUGGGACAACUGACAUGUCUCGUGUACCGUUACUCACCCGACAUGGUGGGGUUUAGUUCACAUCUCUUUGAUGCACAAUAGACUCCACCCAGCCGGAUCCAGCUUGAAGUGAGUGCGAAUGUGUAUAUACCCCCGUGACCCGCUUUCAUGUGACUCGAUUCUUCCAUAAAUCUUGAAGCUGCCCUUUGCAAAGUGGAUCUUGAACCAAGAAGUCAAACAGCGCAAUUUUGGCAUCCCGCAUCGCCAACCAGUCCAUUUUAGUGCAUGCUUCAAUUAACGAUGACACCUCCGAAGUAAACGAAUCGGCUUCGAAUGCCACGCCAGCAAGCAGGAGCUGGAAAGUGU